AACUCCAUCACUGUUCUCUCCCUCUCUCUCUCCAAAAAUGGCCGUAAAACAUCCCUUCUCCAUAACACCCUGCAUCAGAUCUCCACUCCUCCUUUUCCUCCCCUCUCUCUCCUCAAUCUGCAAAGUAUGAAUCGACUAAAACGCGCGCCUUAGAAACGCGCCUAUGCUUUGGCAUAUAGUAAAACCUUUGCGCUUCGUCGAGCUUCGAAUCAGAAGGAUUUGCAUUUUCAACACAACACUCGUAUACCCAAUCACUUCAGAGCCCGAACCAUCUCUUCUUUGCCCACAAAACACUUUCUCCAUUUCCAUUUAGGGCUUUCUCUUCUCAGAUAUCCGCUUCCUAAUUAUGGCUGUUGGUGAAGAGUCUUUAGACAAGAUGAAGAAACCCCCCAUUCAACAGAUUCUCGGUACAAAAUCGUACAACAGAAGUUUACAUCAUAUUGGAGAUAGUUUAAAUCCCUACGAACAAGCCAUAUCUAUUAUCGGCAAAACUUUAGCAGCAUUUGAUGAGGAUUACUUGACUCCUUUUUAUGGAUUUGAAGAUGAAGCAACACACGACCAAGAAGUUUUUAGUUUCUUUCCAGAUGAGAGAAUUUGUAAUGGCUUUGAGGAAGUGUUGAGCCGCUGCAGGGAAAUUGUUCCUCAUCUACGUCUAGCAGGACCAGACCAACAUAUUUUGCCCCUGUUAUUGAAAUGGCCAUGACUAUUGUAGAACAGAAUGGUUGCCAAUACCAAGUGUUGGUAAUACUUGCAGAUGAUCAGGUACUGUUUUUUGGUUAAAUGUUGAUUAAGCCUUCUCUCUGUAAGAUAUUGAAAGGGUCUCUGUCAUGCUGAACUGAUAAAAAUUGAAGUUAAAGAUGAUGACAAAUAGAGACUUGAUUUAUCUAUCCGAAGCUGCCUUAAACCACCCCAAAAAAGCCAAUCUUCAAAUGGAUAGGAGACCUGACCAAGAAAUCCAGCCCAAUAUUGGAGGUCCUCCAUAAUCUAUGGGCAGACUCACAACCAAAAAACAGAUGGACAAUAGUUUCCUCACCCUUACAACAGACCGGGCAAAUGGAGUCUCCGAGUCAGAUACAAAACCCCUCCUCAUCAAGAUCCCUUUCACCGGAAUAAUCCUAUACAACACUUUCCACAAAGACAGCGCUAAAAGCUUACAGAUUCAGAUAAAAGGAGCCCUGCAUAAACUGAUAUUGUAGCUACUUUUUCCCAAGUGAUAGAUCUCCGUUUGAGACGGUGGCUCCACUCCAUGAUAUCAUGGGCAACAAGGGCGGAGAGAAGUAGGUACUAGUGGGAUCACUUGACCCAAUUCACUUUGAUUUCUUUUCAUUUUUUCUUAUUUUCUCGGUGAAAGUCAGCAGUGUUAGUUGUAGUUAGUGAGGUUUGAACCCCGGUCAAAUUCAUGGGAGUACAUGGUGCUUAGCACCAGGCUACCACUCCAUUUGCAUUCACUUUGACUUUUUUGUAAUCAAUUUUCCUAUUUUGUCCCCACAAAAAAUCUGCAAAUUGCUCUAACUUGUUUCAAAUGCAUAGAAAUUCCAAUGUUUUAGUUUCGAGAGUGGAUGGUAAUGUAAAUGAGGCUAUCAUGCAUUGGUUUUAAAAUACCAGAAGUCUUUGAGACCAAUUAUAAAGCAAAUAUAGAUUAAUUUUAUUAGUGUAUAUAAUGAACCUCUUAAUUUUUUUAUUUUUUGGAUUAGCAAAUAAAAAAAUAUUUUGGAUCUAAAUUUUUACCCCACUAAACAAAAUUCAUGGCUCCGCCCUUGACCGGGAAGGCAUUAUGUUUCUGUAUGUUAUCUUCUGCCUUCUUCUUUUUCCUUCCAUCCUAUGGAUUGGGCUUGUUAGCCGCUUCUUGUAUCCAUAAGCUCCUCCUUAGUCCAUAUCCCCCUUCUAGGACUUUUUUUUUUUUAUCUUUGUUCUUCUAAUGGAGGAACAGGAGAUACUCCAUGAGUUUAGUAGCUUGUACUUUCGUUUGCCUUCUUUUACUUGGUAAUUACAUUUUGUUUUCUCUUAACGUAUCCUUGCUAUCACUCCAGUCCAAAAUUGUCCUCGGAGAUUUGGGGAUGGAGCUGCAAUGAAACUCGUUGUGAACACGA